CUCUCAUCUUUCCCUACCCUCCCUUGUCAUUGCGUGGAAGAAGCGCAUGGACUUCUCUGACUUCGCUGAGGGAUGUUAGCAAACAGAUUCACAUUCGACCUACGAGGAUAAUUUACGACUUAAAAGUAGCGGUGUAACAAAGUAAAUAAUGGCUCCUCAACCCGCCAUCCGAUCAAGACAAAUGGAAAAAGAAAUAAACGGAAUACCAACUCAAGUUGUCUGCACGGAAUUCAGCAACUACAUUUUUAUAGUUCUGACACAGUAUGGUAAAAUUGGGACACUUGUGUCGAUAACACCUGACACAAGGUCUGGUGACAUCAGUGUACCCAUGUUCACAACUAGAGUACUGCUGGGAAAGGAUGAGCCUCUUACACACGUCUACGCCAAGAAUGUCACAACGUUUGUCUCACAGGAAUCAGGCAACCGACCAGUUCUGUUGGGUCUUUCACUUAAAGACAACAGUGCUGAAACCAUGAAAACUGUUAAAGAUAUGAUCAAAGGCUGUCAAGUUUGGUGAACAGGUUGCUAAACGGCAAAAGCACUAGAUAAGGACACAUUACGUAUCUGGAAUUUCAACAACAAAAAAAGCCACAUGGCUUGUCGUCUGUGAAUUUAGACAUAACCUUAGUUGCAAUCUGUUGCUACUGCACAAAGCUUAAAAUCCUUGAUUUUUUUAAAGUGUAACCAUAGUACUGUUCAAGAUCAUUACUUUUUGCUUCUGUAUGAUGGAUGUAUUUCAGCUGUCGAAGAUUAAAAGUUAUAUUUUCUUACCUUGAA